UGAAACCAUUUCACGUCUUUUAUCUUCACCCUCUGUUGGCCCUUGAGGACUUCAUUGCCUUUGAUUGUUUUUCCUUUUCGUUCUUGGUGCAGAAUGAACCACGCUCAUCCACGAAAGGUAUUAGCUCCCAGACCUCUAAUGUUAUGGACUUGCGCAUUGAGAUUGACAGGAGCUAUAAUAGCACCAUGAUGAAUAAACAGCAAAAGGUCGCUGAUUGGAAGAUCAACAUUAGUAACACGUGACGUUGAUUUGAUUCUCAAGUUCUGUUAGUGAACAACCUCUGCUUUUCGCUCGUGAAGGACCUGGCUACGAGAGGGCAGGAAGUGAGCAUCCAACGACUCUGGUCGACUAUCUUGCCUAGCAAGAGCUGACCCUCUCCAUUGUUGUGAUUGUGAAACAAAUUCCCUAUCUUCAACAUGUUGCAGAUGAAAUCGCAACCUCUUGCCGGAAUCGCCGAAGUCGGCGACAUGGCCCUUUCGAAGAUCGCACACGGCCAUGGUACUUGGAAGAUGAUAAGUAGCCAGUUUCAGUGGGUUCGUCUCGUACUAGUACAACUCGCAUGCUAGUAGCUUGGUGAAUGGAUGAAUAACAAUAAAAGCUAGCUGACGACUUCGAAUGUCAAAAUAUAAGAUAUGUUAAAUCCAUUCUCGAUUUUUUAACAUUCGAUAGAAUUAACAACAUGAAUAUGCAAUGUCAACUUCUGAUUUCUAUUCGCUCCUACAAUACCACGACAGAGGAAAUCCUACGAUUGCUCGAAGCGUAUCACCGUGCGACUGCCACGGCAGACCCUUUGGCGCAGAAGGAGGCAAUCGAAUCUCUGGCAGCUUACGUGCUGUCUCCAAGCAAGCUUGCCCGAGUUUUGGAGGUGGCGAUAUUGGAGCAAAUCUAUGGAAUCUUUCGAAACCAUCGGAGUCCGGCAGCUAUCAAGGCUUUUGCGGCAAGCUCAUCUGGUUUGCAGGAUGCGGCAGGAAACUACGAGGACGCUGCUCCGGCGGCAGACGCUGCAGCUGGCGCAGGAGGCAGCACUUCGUCUGCAACUAAAGGAGAAGAUGGCGAUGCAGAACAAGGAGGUCAAGCAGCUGACGCAUCAUCCGGAUCGGCCUUGCCGUCCGGUGGCAUCUUAAAGAACAGCGCGAUCGUGGAACACCAGCAGAGCCAAGGCCAGCAGCAACGACGCCCAACUCUUGAUGCUCCGCUUUUCGGCGAUCUUGAAGCUGUGCUCGAAACACGGCGCAAAGAGCUGAUCUUAUUGCGGCGCUACUAUGGAACGCAAAGGCAAAGUCGUGGACGAGGCGCUCCGCCUCCAGGCGCUGGUGCUGGUUCGCUCAUGUCCACCACGUCGGUGUCACCUAGUAUCAUAGUGGGCGGGAGAGGAGCAGGUUUAUUCAAUUUCUACAGCGAAGAGCUGCUGACGGCAACGAGUCCUGUGAGCGCGGCGCCAGCAUCCUCCGUCAGCGCCAGUAGUCCGCUUCGGGAAGGACCAACGGGCAGGACUCCAGGGGCCGCGAGCUCCUCGACUGGUGCAGCCAACUUCAACUACGGGAACGGCGCAAGAAAUGAUAGACCCAAUAGCGCUUCGCCGUCAAAGUUAACUACUUCCCCCAUACGCGGGAUAGCGACCCCGCAUGCGCACACGCGACUGGCUGGGCAAGCGAUAGUGCAGAACCAACGGAAAAAACGGGCGUCAGCAGAAACCUGGGGACACGAGCACGCAGCUAUUAAAAUCAACAAUCCGAAGUACUUAGCAAUUUUUUUAGACACGAGGAACUGCAUGGAUUCAAAUACUUCCUCAAUACUAGAACAAGUUGUUUUUGUUUAUUGACAUCGUAGGCUAUCGGCCGCAUUGUGAUUCUAAAAUAAGUAUGUUAUAUAAAUCGAGACAUCAAUAACAAGAAAGAUGUGCGUACGUACACAAUGAACAACAAAUCAAAUUCGUAAGUAGUUCUUGAACAACGAACACACGCAAAUAAUUUUAAUCGUGCUUGUACUCGUACACAGCAACAAGCAGCAUGCGCCGGUAUAUUACAUUCCGACAAGAAGUGGUGCAAAUAACUUCGUGAAAAAUCCGACGCGGCCACCUGGGAUGACUCGUCCUCUUGGAAGCAUGCCGAAUCUUCAUUUUGGAGGUAACAAACAUGCUAGCAGACCAGCUGGAGCUGCUGCCACCGGAACACUGAACAAGCAUGGUAGUGGCACGAAGAGCUCGUAUCUGCAACAGACGGAGAGUAUGCCUAGCGCAGCAUCAAGCACAGCGAAGGACAGCUAUGGAUGCAAUACAACUGCUUUUGGUGGAAAAAAUGCCCGUGCCGCGUCGUCCAUUGGAGGCGGUGCUGCUGCGGAAGGAACGAGUAAUGGGCCGAACAUGAUGGAGAGCUUGUAUGUGGCCCAGAUGUCGAGUGGCAGCGUGAAGAUAGCUGAGCAGUAUCCGUUGGACAGCGUGAACCACGAGAAAAUAUCCUCUAAGCCAAAGGCGCAGAUAACAGACGCGAACAACUUGCGCUCACGUCCAGGCAAGUACACGCUGCUUUACCGGGAGGAGGCUAUCUUCCAAGCGCAAAAUGCGAAUCGUGUGUCAAACAUACCAGAAAACGCACAUGCUGGCAACUACUCUCUGGGCACGCUGGCGGCACACUUCAACGAAGACACUACGAGGUGGCUUGUACGACAGCAGCAUCCGCUUUCAACUCCGGGAUUUGCAACUACGGUUGACCAGCAGAAAAAGCAGUACGGAGGAACGGCUGGAACUACUGGAGGUCAUCAGGCUAUUGCACCGCCUGGCGUGCAUCCAGGAACGACACAUCAUGGCGGAGCUGCACACCAUACUGGCGGUGCGUUUUCGCAUGCACAGGCUGGUCACGCAGGUCCGGGUCCAGCAGGGGCUACAGUACCUGAAAAAUUCGAUAUUUUCCAGGACACUGUCGAUUGGAUGCUUGCGCAGCAACAACAGGAAUCGUUAAGUGCCGGAAACUCAAUGAUGAACAGUAGCGACUUCCUGGUGAUCAGCAACAACAGCCAGCACGACGCCCCUGGUGUUGGUGCUCCCGCCUCACCGGUUGUGGAACGCACGUUGUUGAUGGACAACAGCGGCGGAUUCGGCAGUUCGCAAACUGCGGGGGCAAUCCUAGAGCAUGCUUGAUGGUGUUCCUAUGGUCUCUCUCUAGUAGAACUGAUACAAUUUUUGCAUCCAUUUGGCAUGUCUUGUCCGUUUCUUGUUAAAAAGACAUUCGUCUUGUAAAUGUAACUCAUGAGAUUGUUGGAAAUAGACUUGGAUUAGAUUCUAGGUAGAUAAUAUACCUCCAAACUUGCUCACCAAAACAAUGGAAAACAUCGACAGAGCAAGACACUCGGAUUCGGAAUUGCUAUUUACUACGUUUAUGACUUGCAAAAAACCAACGAAUCUUGUUUGUGUACUAGUGUCUAUAGUAGAGAUUCACCAGUAGUUGGUUCUAUGACCACCAAGCGGAGUACUUAACUACCGCAAUCAUGAGGGCUACCAAACACGCAUGACAUCAUAGAAGUAAGUACUUACUUACCUACUUGCUUGCUCAAGUGAAAGACAAGGCGAAGGCAACACAAGAGUAUUAUUAAUGGACGAACUCGACCUGUGUGUUUACAGCUGUCCACUACCCAUGAGGAAUUUCAAUUUUCUUUGUGAUGAGAGCGAUAUUUUCCGUCCUUUUUCUCUCGGAUCUCGUUUUAAUUAUCACGCCUGCAUUAUUGUUAAUACUAGAUUUUGACGAGGUGGACCCAGUUAGAGAGAGAGCAGAUGAUGC